CGGUGAGCGCGGUGAGGCCGCGCGGGGCCGCAGAGCCGAGGCUGUUCUAGCGAGGCCUGGGCGUCUCCUUUAUCCAGAAGGGAGUUGUGUUUUCUCCUCAGGGCUGCUUGACCGGGCCGGGAGAGCUGUGAGGUGCCGGCACGGGCCUCAGCGGAGGCCGUUGUGUUCUUGUGUUGGAAAAAGUAAUUAGAAAUCACCCUGUAGUUGUUAUUUCUCAGUUAUUUAGUACAGGAAUAGGUUCCCAAAGUUUGCAAAACUUUCUUUGAAGUGUGAUGGUUGUUUCUUUUUAUGCCAGCUGAGUUGGUGAAUUGCAGAAAUGCCAGCCAGGAAUGAGAUGCAGUUUGAAAAGUUAAUUGAUGAAGCUACAGGGAAAAAGGAUUUUCAAUCCUUGGAACAGUUUCUGGCCACAGAAGAAUGUGAAAAUGUCUCUCACAAAUGCAGCAAACAGUUUGUCAACAAAUUGGACAAGCUUCUGUGUUGGGCAUUUGACAAACAAGAAGUCAAAAGCAUUUCUACUCUACUAAAUGCUGUUCAGAAAUGUGGGAGAAAAAUCAGCAUAGCAGGAGAAAAUGGGCUCCCAGCAAUGAUAAAACACGGUCUUGUUGGAAGGAUGGUCAAUUGGUUUGAAAAGUUAAAAGGAAUUUUGGUCCUCAGAGGAAACGAAAAGAAUGAAAUGCUUACAAGUCUGGCUGAAGAUUUCUUCAUCAUGUUGCUGGUUGUGUGUGAUAGCAGACCUGAAGGUAAAAUGCAAAUACUAGACAACUUUGUUCUGAGAACAUGUUCCCUCAUCACUGAUGCAAGAAUUAAUAUUUAUGUUCAGCAAGAGGUAAUAAAAAAACUGAAUUUAUUGCUUGACAAGAUCCCUCGAGAUGCCAGGAAGAAGAUACUUUCUACAAAGGAGAUGUUACUUGUCAUGGGUGAAAUGGGGAAGACAAUUUUGGAUGCCGGAGACUAUGACACACAAGUGGCCAUCACAGAAGCUCUGUGCAGAAUGGUGUCAGAGAAGCAAAGGGGAAUCCUGGCUUCCCAGUGGUUUCCCAUGGAGUUUGUGUCCACUGCAUUUAAGGGAAUUAAAGAUUCAGAGUUUGAGACAGAUUGCAGAAAAUUUCUUAACCAGGUGAAUGGCAUGCUUGGAGACAAAAGAAGGGUUUUUACAUUCCCAUGUUUAUCAGCAGCUCUUGAUAAGUAUGAGCUUCAGAUACCAGUGGAUGAAAACCUGGAAGAGUUUUGGAUUGAUUUCAAUGUUGGCAGCAGAAGCAUUUCCUUCUAUGUGGCGGCAGAGGAUGAAGAUCAUCAGUGGGAAACGGUCAUUAUACAAGAAGAAGAUGUCAACAUGUACAGCCUGGAAGAAAAAGAUUCAAAGAAAUUAUUAACAAUAGAUCUGAAAAGCCCAAUGAGUGUGGGCACUCUUGAAGGAGAGAAAUUUCUUUUAUCUUUUGAUUCUAUCUUGGAAAUCAAAGAUGUGACCAUAAAGAUUUACGGAUUUCAUAAAUGUAAGGAUUUCAACAAGAAGCAGUCUGCAUCAGUAGCCAAAACAACUGUCCACAUUGUCUUUGAUGAAAGUGGAUCACAGGUUCUGGUACCAGAAAGUCAGUUGUCACCAGGUUUGAAAGAAAAUUCUGGAGGGGAGGAGGAGAAACUCAGUAAAUACAAAACUCAGCAACCUCCUGGAAGUUUGAGGACUUGGAGUAAAAAUAACAGUCAAGAAAAACUCAGAGGUGAUUCCUCCAAGAUAACUCCAUCCCGUAAAAGAAAAGUGUCUGAAGCAUCUGUGCUUAUUCCUGGAACCACGAGUGUGUCCACAAGGAGUCCACUGUCUUUUGUCAGCACGUCCACUCCUUUUAAAGGGAGAUUUAAAUUGCCUUUGGAAAUGACCAGCUCUACUAAGAGGUCUGACAAUGAUGGAAUAAACGAGAGCAGAGCAAAGAAUUUCUAUCAGGAACCUCUUGAAAGUGGACAGAGAUGCACAGCAGACUCCUGUGAAACAGAGCAGAUCAGGAAGUCAGAUACCAGGAAUGAGGCAAAAAUACAUGGAAAGAAAACGCGUUCUGAAGAAGUCUCAAAAAUUGUACCAGAGGCCACAGAAAAGCAAACUUUAGAUGAAGUGUUAGAUAUUGUUCCUGAUUCUCAGCCAGUUGGGAGAAGCAACAAAACUUUGCUACCUGGUCUUCUGGAGACUUCUUUUGAUAAAACUGAAACAUGGAAAAAAAGAACAUUCCCUCUUCCUGAGAAGAAUAUUACAACUGGGGACAAGCAGAAUCCAAAUCCAUCACUGGCACGUGCAUCCCAUGCAGCCAGAGUGUCUGACACGUCUUUGCAUUCUGAUCUUGCACAAGAGGACCCUGAUGUUCUCCUCAGAAAAGAGAGUGCAAAUCCAAAACAGUCAAAGACAAAAGCAAAGUCUAAAGAAAUGGCAGAUGCAGCCAAAUCACUGAUCAGUAAAAUCAGUAACAGAUACAGAGACAAGAGUGCUGAGAAGAGCAAGGCAAGAGAUUCCCUGGGCUUUAACAGGACACAUUUAAAUAAAUCCUGGCUCUCCAAGGAGGAAGUUCAGGACAGGACCCUAAAAACUGCUUCUUUUCUUAAUAUAACUGCUGGUCAUGUUCUGGAUGAUGUCUACAACUUUAACAUCAGCGGGUGCAAUGAGCCUACAAUCAAGCUUGGAAUCCAAGAAUUGCGUGUGACUGAACUCAGUGUUCAUACAGAGACAAACAAGAAAGGGAACACAGCCAUCAAUAAAUCCAGCACAGAAGGGAAAGAAGGAAAAAAGACCAGAAACAAUCGAGACAAGAAGCAUCUCUUUAGUGACUCAGACACAGAAAACAGAGGGGAUGACAGCAAGACAGAGAUUAGUUGGCUGCAGGAAUCCAAGAGGAAACCUAAAGCCCAGAUAAUUGAUUACAGUAGAAGUAAAAAAUCAGGGAAACCAAUGAGCGCAGACAAAAAUAAAUCCCCUGAACCUGCUUGCCACGUGGAUAAAGCUAAAGGCAAAAAUACAAAUAAGAAAAAGAUAAACAAAUGUAAACCCCAGAAUUCAAAACCAAAUGACAUGGAAGUAAAACCCACCAGGGAAAAGCUCCCUCGAAGAGCAGCAGCGACAAAAAAUUACAAAGAGCCUUCCAGUUCUGAGUCUGAGAGUGAAGAAAAGAUUCCAACGUGCCCCUCUAAGGAGGAGAAAUCCAAAACACAGAAAUAUGUGAAUGGGGCAAACAAGGAUUACAGGCAGCCAAAGGUGCUGCAGAUUGUACCUGUGGAGCCAAAGAGAGUGGAUAGCUACGUGCAGAAAGCACUGGUCAAAUCCAGGAAUUCUGCAGAGCAGAAGGAAGUGGAAAUGCCUUCAGCUGAGAGCCCUGCCUCCCUUGAGACAAUGAGAUGUGCUGAGGGAAUAUCAGGAGAUGUCAGUCCAGAGCACAGCUCCAGUGAGAGGUCGCUUGAUCUCCAGGAGUCAACACCAGGAGACAGGGAAGUGCUAAAUUCUGAGAGAGGAACCUCUCCCAGUAAUUUCUGUCCACAAAACGAGAGUCUGCAAAGUCUGGGUGUAACUCAGUCCACUGAGACAGCAGUUACAAAGUUGACAUUUGGAAGGAGAAGCUUCUCACCAGUUUUAACUGAAGCAUCUUUGCUCAGCUUAACCACAUACAAAACUGUCAGUGGUAAAAAUUCCAAGGGAGCUGCAGCAGAAACCUGUAAGAAUGAUGAAGAUUCAAGUUUCCAACACUGCUUUUUAGACACAUUUUCUGUUAAAGGAAAGCUUCAGGAUAUCACUAAACCUAUCCCCAAAAAUAAGGAAGAGACCAGCUUAACAACAUAUAAAGCUGACAGUGGAAAACGUGCAAAGGAAGCUGUGCUGGAAACAGGGAAUAACAACGAGGAUUCAAGUGUCCAGUCUUGCUUUUCAGACACACUUUGUGCUAAAGGCGAGCUCCAGGAUCCCACCAAAGCUCUCACUAAAAGCAAAGAGGAUUGUGUAGCACCAUCCCCACUGUCUGUUUCCAGCAGGAGUAGAGUACAGUCUUGGAUUAGAGAACCUUAUUCACCCAUGAAUGAGUCAGGACCGAGUGUACAGACAUUCCUCAAACGAACUUACCACAGUGCCACAGAAAGCAGCUCUGAUGAGGCAGAAACAAGCAAAGAGGAGGAAAAGAAAGGAAGGAGAAGAAGAAUAAGUUUAAAGCCCAAAAAAUUAUUUAAAAUAGAUGAUGCUGCUACUUACAGAGUAUCUGAAAGUGUCUCCACUCGAUCUGUAAAUGACCUCUCUGGUUUGGAUGGGGAAUUCUGGGGGCCUGAUUGCUCAACCAUCAACAUUUGUCAGCAGCUCCAGAAGGAAUUUACCAAGAAAAUCGAGAACCGCUCCCGGAAAAUGGAUCAUUUUAGUAAGCAAACACUCAGAGCUGCCCAUCAGCAUUUGACAACAAUGAGUUACCAACUCCAUGAAUGCAGGAUCAGGCAGUUGGAAAAAUUUCAUUUUACUCUCACUGAGGAACUGGAGAAAUUUGAAAAGGACUCUCAGUCCCUGAAAAUCAUGGAAAAAGAAUUCUCGACCUUUUGGAAAAAGCAUUCCCACACUUUUAGUACGUACAUGAAAAAUGAGCAGCAGAGAAUUCAGAUUCUUAAAACUUCCUUUGAAAAGAAUAUCUACCAUUCUGUUGGCUGUGAAGAAAACGUUUUUACUUCAGAGAUGCAUCUGAUGAAAGAAGACAUAAAAGGACUCCAGGAGAAAUUUCUGAAAGAAAUGCAAGAAGAGGAGCUGUGUAACGUUCGCAGGGGAUUGCAGACCUUGUUUCAAUCAAAGGCAGAAUUCUGAAGUGACUUUUCAGAUUCCUUCCUGAAAUUCAAGCAUAAUUUUAAUGUGUUUUAUAUCAUAUUUAUUGCCAGUGGAAGUGUGCAUCCCUGCUGUACAUGGAUUAUUAGCCAAGUUUAGUUUACAGAGGCUCAUCUGCUCUGCUCAAACUGAAAAUACUUCUUCUGCUGAAGAAACUUUACUCUCCUUUGUGGUUAGCCAUUUUGUAUAUUUCACCUGGACUAUCAUUAUAUUGUUGUUUAGAAUUAAUCCUAUAUUAUUAAUAAUAAAAUGAUAGGUAUAUUUAUGUUAAAAGGCUAGUUAUGAUGUUACACAUUUCUGUGAAAAGCCAGCAAGUUAAAAAAUUACAAUAAAGAGGAAAAAACACAUCUUUUGGAUCAAGUGAUGGGAUCAUUCAAGUCUUCAGCAUUAAAAUGUUGCCAGCACCUCUCCCAGGAGUGCUUAGCUCCUUCUCCCACUGCACAGACUUUGUGUUGCACUGUUGUCCUUACCUUCCACUCCUGCCUGAGUUUCUCCAGGAGCAGCUCCAGUUCCUGUGAUCCCGUCCCCACCUGGGACAGAGCUGACACUGCGUGGGGCUGUUCCCCACCUCACAGCAAUUCAGUAGUAGUCUAUACAAGCAAUUUGACAGACUGCAUUUUAUUAUUUUCACACUUCAUGGAGAUCAUCUCAAUGAAGCUACAGGACCAAGAAUGCCUUUUCCAAGUUUUUAACAUUGAAUGACUCCCUAGAAUGGCAGCACUGCAGAGUCUUGCAGAGAAAUGUUUGGUUUGGUCAGUGGUUUCACCGUUUUGUUCUCUCUCAUCACGUGUGCUUUCCACCUAUUGCUGUGUUAUUUUUCUCACAAGUA